GUCCCGAGAGGCCGAGACCAAACCAGAGAGCCGUACCAUGACAGGGUAUUGUAUUUGGUCGAUAGGGGCAUGAAUGAAAACAAGACUCAGCCAGAUUCCUGAUCGUAAGGAACGGGGUCCAUAGCUUUUGAGUCAUAAAUCGCCUAUAAGGUGUGUAAGACGAGCACACCAGGUAUUAGUCGGUGUCCGCUGGUAAUGGUGUUCUAGACGAGAACAAAGAGAGAGAGAGAGACAUCGAGAGUGAGGAGCGAUUGACAGGGAGGGGAGGGCAGCGGAGGGCAGCAGACAGUGGCAGGCAAAUGGAAAGCAGGUUCCAAGGAUGGCCGUGUCUGCCGAUUUCAUGCUAGGGGCAAUGAAUUCUCCCUACCUGCUAAGAAACUCGUGCCUCGCCCCGUUUAAUCUUGCAUCUGCGUAUGGCGUUCUCUGGCGCGCACCUGGCCCACUUUAACGUCCCACUUUAAUCUGCGCGGACGUCUAAUUGUUGCUAUGCUAAACUUCUCGGCGAAGUUCCCCGUGUGCAUAUCUUCCUCGCCCGAGGAAGAGGAAGACCGUGCCGGCUAGAGCCACUGUCUAAUUCCAUUUGGGGAGUAUGGGAGCGUUCUCUGCAUCCGGUGGAUCAUCUGCCGAACAGCAUGAAGCUGCAAAACGAUUGCAGUUUUCUCCCAUCUCAGAUAACAUGUCUUCUUCCUUGGAUAUCACGGCGCAAAGCCCAGAAGAAUCUCCGCACCAUCGAAGCUACGAGCGGCAUCCAAGCUUGACUGAAUUAAUGCCAGAUGCCAUGAUAGGCGAAAUCCUUUCCCGUCUGCCCGAUAUGCGCGAUUUAGCCCGGGCAAAACUGGUGAACACGAGUUUUCGUGAGAGUUCAGCCUACGUGAAGUACGUCAAGUUUCUAUGCAGACAGAGAAAUGUGCUCAGAGGGCCUGGGCAAAAUGGGGAAUGUCUUGUACCAUUUAAGGAGAUUGUCACGAGCAACUUAAAAACUGUCAAGUGCGUGGAAAGACUGCGUCUGGAAAUCGAGGAUGAAAUGCAAGCCAACAGGUAUAAGGACGAAAACAACGAGAAGAACAGUCUGUGGCUCACCGAGGACAAGUUUGUUAUGCAGUGGCUACCUCUUGUAAGUGCAACUCUUCAGAACCUCACCGUCAUCGACUAUGGACAGCAGGCCAUCUUCCAUCCCACGCCGCUUCUGCAGCAUCUUUCGCACCUUUGUAAACAGCUGCGGACCUUGGAGCUGAGGAAUAUGUUUUUGGAUUGUUCACCCAAACAAUGCGGUACGACAAAGGAUCAGAUUACGCAGACCAGGCUGAAAGAUGUGAGCACUCUGACACUGCGCUGCGUGAAACUUACUGAAAACGGGUUGGACGAUCUGAACACGGUCAUGCCCAACCUGAAAACACUCACAUUGGUGACUGUGGUGGGUCUAAAAGAUGCAAAGUUUGUAUCUGAACAUCUACAGGUGUUGUGUUUGGGACUGGCUACCAAAGUAAAAUCUGUCAAGUUGGUUGUGAAGCAGCUGAUCAAAUUACAACUGAAGAUGGCUUGUCCCGAAGAACUGAAAGUGAUCGCGCCGAACUUGCGAUGCUUGGCAGUUUGUAUGGAUAAACGGCCGGAUACUAAAGUGGAAUUCGAGUGUGUGAAUGAUCUACGGGAACUUCUUAUGGGUGCCUCGGAAUUUUCAACGUUGCACGAUCUCUGCAAGCAUAACAGACAGCUGGAGAAAGUGUUUCUCGAUGUACCUUGCAUGGCCUUUGAAGACAACGGAGGGUGGAAAGGGGUCUUACCUCAUGUAAAUCUGAAGAACCUCCCUGACAUGAAACACAUAACUUCAUACUGCACUCAACUGCAUACAUUGAGCGUGGGUCCUGGCCUCUGGCACGCAUUGGAGCAGGAUAUGAUGAAGAAUCCAGAUGUCUUUUGUCCAACGUGGCCGAAUCUGACGAGGUUAAUCUUGCAUCUCAUCGUUCAAGUGAUAGAUGUUAGCAUAAAACUUUUGAAAGCACUAGUGGAUGCCAUCCCUACAUUGAAAACUCUAGAGGUGUAUGUGCACAAGGACAGCAAAGUAGACACUCAAGAAUUUCAACAACUGAAGGAAACAGUGAAGGAACUGGUUCCUCGAGUAGACUUGAAAUUGGACAGUUGGAAGAAGGGAUUGAAAUUUGAAUGUUUUAGCUUUUAGAUAGUCGUACAUUAGGUCUUGGACAUAUGUUAGCGGUUUAGUCUCUUAAGUUUGGUGAAGCAGUUUGUGGAAAAUUGGCAGACUGUUGAUAUUCAGCUUCUUCUUCCCUUCGCUUCUGGUAGUUGGAGUGCAUUAUCAGUGUUCCAGUAUCAGUCCUAAUGCUAUCCUGCGACACAGCAGGAUAGCAUUUACCAGAUAUACAGCAACGCUUCUGUCUGGAUAGGCAUUCAACUGGAGGCGAAGGAGUGGGAUACUCAAGUGAUAGCCGGGCUUGAUGAUAACAAACCAUGGAGUACGCCCUUAUGAUCUAUCGAUGGUCUUUUCCUUUACAUACAGUCCCGGACCUUUGGUGGUUAAGGAUGAAGCUCAAUCCAUCAGUUGGAUGCUUUCAUACCAGUUAGUUCAGAGCCCUUGUUUUUCUUUCUGGGAGAUGUGCUACCCAGUACCUAUCCAACUGAGCUUGUGUUAAAAAAUAGCUCAGAACCAGAAUUUACGAAGUUUGUGGAUGGUGUUGUCUUACAGACCGGUGCUAGAUAUCUUGAAAGAUAUGAGAUGUCGUCUCAAGAAUGAGGCUUUUCCUAUGACCAUUGGUGUCAUUUAGCAGCAUACCUUCAAUUAGUUAUUAUGUAGACCAGUUUUGGAGGCCUUGUGAGAGUUAACUUCGUAGGCAAUCAACUACAUCACAACAUGUUCUUGUCUCUACGAUAUUCGCUUACACAGCAGCCUCGCCGAGCCACACUAGAUUCUAAGAUAUAUAUCCAUUGUAUAGCAAUAAAGUCUUAGAUUGUGGUGAGUCUUGUAGUUGUGUUGAGGUCGUGAAAAACGUUAAACUUACCUACUAGUUUCAAUAUUCUUUUUCUGCAUAAACGUGUUGGCAGGCUUGAUGUAGCAAGGAACCUUAGCCUGCAACAUUAUUUUUAACAUGUGGGUGGGCUAGUCUGUUGUAACACCUUUGAUUGAAACAUUCGCUUGUACUGUUAUAUAUCAUCGAAGA